AUGUCCAUGAGGAAAGCAAUAGUAAGGUCAGUUAUACACCAUAACAAAAAUCGAAAGGACAAUGCUAUAACUAUUCUUCACAGUAAUAUAAUCAAUUCUGUGGCGCAUGCAUACGGCGAUCACAGAAUGUGCCAGGAUUAUAACUGUGACAAAGAAAAAGUUUAUAGCGACGGGCUGAAAACCAUUCAAAAUUCAACAUUUCUGUUCCGGAAGAAUUCGAUUAUUUCUAAUGUGGCAGCAAAAUCACGAAAUUUAAUAGAAAACGUGAAUACCAAUCUUGUCGAAUGUUUCAACAAUGUCAUUGCGAAGUUUAUAGGAGGAAAGCGAAUAAAUUUUUCCUUGAAACGAGGGUACCAAGGGAAGUGUAAUGCUGCAGUUGUAAAAUUUAAUGAAAAGUCAGCCAUAUCGCAUGUGCAAAACACAUUAACAAAUAAAAAUCGACCCGAAAUGGGAUUAACUGUAGUUGUGGAAAAGAAAAGGGAAGAAGCUCAGAAAAGAAAAAACAACUCAGAACGUCCAGUUAGAAAGAAAAUCAGGAAAUUGACAGACGUGAAACAAAAACAAAAUGACUAUGGCCCCGCCAGUUUAGAUCCGGAUAUGACCCAGUCUGAACUAGAAGUAGCUAAAGAACAAUUUCUAAAAAAUUUAGAAACUCUUACUGCUGACAAGGACGCAAUUGAGCGUAAUACAAUAUUACAAAGAGACAGUAGCGAAUUGUUAGAAAUUCGAAAAAAAUCUUAUUACUGCCACUAA